AUGUUGAUAAUAACUCUAAGGUAUUACCAGUAUAUUCGAUUAAGGUGUCCACAUGCACAAUUCACAGAAGCAAAGUCAUCAGAAUCUGAUUACGCAUUAACACAAGGAAGAUUAUCUUUACAACCACUAUCAAAAAAUUAUUUAAAUAAACCAAUUUAUAUUACAUGGGAAAAUGGUCAAAGUGAUAAUGUUAAUUAUUCAAUCCUUAGAUAUGGUUCAAGAUAUAAAGUGAACAAAGAACAGAUAGAAAACAUUAAUAAGCAUCAUUUAAUGGAAGAAGAAUUUUUAAAAUCAAUUAAUAGAACCACAGAAUAUAUUGAAAAUGAAGAAUUAAAAAACGAAUAUGGGUCAUUAGUUGAACCCAUAUAUUGUAGAGUUUCAGACAAAAAAGUGAACACUUUUAUAUUGAAAAGUUUUAUAAGUUUUCAUACACUUAGUCCUUAUUAUAAAACAAUUUUAAAUUGUAUCGAAUUAUUUGACUCAAAUGAAUAUCCAAUUCAAGUCAUACUUCCAGAAAAUGAAGGAGGAGAUGAAGGGUCUGAACAAUGGAUAGAAAAGAUAUUUGCACCACAUAAUGAUGUAAGAACAAUAGUUUCAGCAAGGACUUCAACAUGUACACAAGAAAUGUUACAAAAAGGGAUCGAUGGAGAUUUAUUAAAUGACCCUAAAACAUGCAAUAAAAGGGGAAAAUUGUAUGAUCAAAAAGAACUUCAAAAAUGUGCAGGAGUGAAUCCAGAAGGCUUUUUUAAUAAAAUUGUAUGGGUUGGUAAAAAGAUAUAUUGCGUUAUUAAAUUAAACAGAUGGUAUACAAAACCAAAAACAAUAAAAUAUGGAAAUGUUAAACAUAAAAUUACACAACCAUCAAUUAUGAAAUGGGAAACAAAGAAAUUAAUGAAUAAACCAAGAAAACCAACAGAAAUAGUAGUUUAUACAGAUUCAUUUUGUUAUUCUGCUUGUUCAGUAUUUACAAAAGGAUUAAAAGAAUGGGGAAGUGCUAUUCUUGUAGGAUUCAAUGGUGAUCCUAAUGGUAAAGAUGAAGAAUUUGAAGUGGGAUUAUCACCAUCAGCAGUGAAAAGUGGAUAUGAUUUAUGUAGCUCUAAAUAUAAAAUCUCUGAAUAUGGAUACUCACUUCUUUUAAAAUUUGAAGAAGAAACAUUGAAAAUAGUUGAUAAGUAUAAAACAAAAUGUAAUCCAAAUAAUAAAAGAUUAGUUAAAAGAGAUGAAAAAUGUGAUAAAGAAAUUAAUAUAGAACAUGGACAUUGA